AAGAUGAGUUUGUUAAUUAAUAAAUUAUCUUGUGUUUGUGUUCAUAUGUAACAGAAAAAAAGUACAAAAAAUAAAGAAAUUCGGAAGAAGAAGACAUUAAAUCACAUAACUGGCAGAAAACCAUUCUCAGUUGUUCGAGUAAAGGAAACUAAUAAGAAGAAUGGAGUUCCUGCAACGCGCUUAGAGGUGUGGAUGGCUGGGUACACGAAGGAUAACAAACCAAGUAAUGAUAAAGUUGUUGAGGUCAUGACACAAAUGAAGGACCUUGGGGCGCAAUCCAAUGCUACAGAUGAAGAAAUUAUCACACAGGUUCUAGGGCCUGAGCGACCUGAUCGUGUUCGAACAUAUGGAUUGGGUCCUUCCCCGACAGAUGUCUUUGGAGGCGGAUAUAGGCAAUCGCAAGAACAAACUCGUAUCAUCCAAACGCAAGUCCAAGAGCAACUUAACCAAUAUAAAGCACAAAUGGAGAUGCAAAUGAAGGAGAUGAUGGAUGCUAUGCUUAAUCAACAGAAAGUACAAAUGGAGAUACAAAGCACAAUCCAAGCUCAAAAAGCACGAAUAGAGCAAUUGGAGUCUCAACAGGCCAUGGGUGGGCCUGUUGCACCAGCUGCUACACAUGUGCAUUCACAACAACAAUCCCAUGCAUACACCUCAUCGUUUAAUUGUCAUCGUUCGUCCAAGGAAGUUCACAUAUCAAAGAAAGAAAAGAAGAAGAAGAAGAAGAAGAAGUAG